CUGAUCGUCCAGCUCUAGAAGUUAAAGAAGUAGUUCGAUAUUUAUGCACAUUUUGUUCCUUUCAGAUGACAACGCUGGUUCAUCUUCUGAGGGAGAAACUGCCUCCACUUCCAAAGAGCGAUGGACAGUGACGGACUGUGGAAAGACAUUCAGCAAACACGGUCAUUUAGUGAGACAUAAGAAAAAAUACACAGAACAGAAAGAAUUCACUUGCAAGAGAUGCAACAUCAGUUUUCCUACCUUCAAAGAGAAGAAACGUCAUUCAAAAAAGCACGAAGUGAAGAAGGAGUUUCGCUGUGACCAGUGCGGGAAGGAUUUUUUGACCACUCCUUAUAAUAUGAAAGUUCAUAUGAAGACACACGAGGAAAAGUCUUUCCAGUGCAACGAAUGUAACAAGUUUUUCCGCAGCAUUAGUAAUCUUUCUAUUCAUAAGAGGAUCCACACGGGUGAAAAGCCAUACAAGUGCCCUCAAUGCGAUAAGAGCUUCACCCAGAGAACGCAUCUGAAGAACCAUCUACUCAUGCACACCAAUGAGAGACCGCAUCAGUGCCCUCAUUGCGAGAAGAGCUACAACCUCAGUUCAGAUCUAAAGAAACAUGUACUCAAGCACAGCAAUGAGAGACCGCAAAACCGUUUACUCACACACAGCAAUGAGAGACCGCAUCAGUGCCCUCACUGCGAGAAGAGCUUCAGUUUCAGAUCGGCUCUGGAAAAACAUGUACUCGCGCACAGCAGUGAGAGGCCAUACAAGUGCAGUGAAUGUGGAAAAACCUAUAAAAACUCAACUUCUCUAAAGGCACACCAGAAAAUCCACUCUGACAAACCGUAUCAGUGUUCACACUGUGAGAAACGUUUCCAUCAUUCGACUCACCGUAAAACCCAUGAGAGGAUUCACACCGGAGAGAAACCGUACCUGUGCUCCGACUGCGGGAAGAGCUUCGCUAGUUCAUUUUCGUACAGGAUUCAUCGGAGAGUUCACACGGGAGAAAGACCGUAUUCCUGUAGUGAUUGUGGGAAGAGUUUUUAUAAGCCAAGUGACUUAAAAAUACACCGGAGGACUCAUACAGGAGAAAAACCUUUUAAGUGCUCGCAUUGUGACAAGACUUUUGCUCGAGCAAGUGCCAAGAAUGUCCAUGAGCGACAUCAUACAGGAGAGAAACCUUACCGCUGCUCCAUCUGCGGCGAGAGAUUCGCAUUUUUAUGGUGUUUUCAGACACACAAGAAGAAACACGCUGCCCCAGAAUCAUAUUGAAGGAGUGGAAUCCUGAAGACAUCGCGACCUCCAUAAUGUAUAUAUUUGUUUCUUCUUGAAUAAUUAUUAAUCAAAGUUACAUUUAUCCAUGUUAGAAAAUAAGUUGAAUAUGGCUUUAGUCUGCCUUUUUACUCUCUAAGAAACUGCUCUCAUUGUGUGCGUGUAGUGAACCAUAUUUGAUAAGAUUCAGGGCAGAGCCCGGCAACCUUGAAGUACAGACAAGUGUUCUCUGCGUAUGUGUGCGAGUGUUUGUCUUUGCAGCUAGAUGCGGAGACAGCCCUAGGAGGAAGCCGUCAUUAGCCGUCACCCUGAUGUCCAGGGUAUCCGAUAUACGUCUCUGGAGAGACCUAUUGCAUCUGACCUCUGAUCACUUGUCACCAAAAUAAUCACUAGAAGAUAUGCUUCAAGUUUUACGUCCAUGUGUAGAGAUUUUCUGUAGUGCAUCUAUGUUUCGACCAACCAGAAUCUUGCUUACCUAUGUAUUGACGUAAUUAGUGACCUCUGUUAGAGUAUAAUUACUGGUGUUUCAAGCAUGUAAGCAGAGCGGCCUACAAACUCCAUCUUGAGUAUUGAAGCCGACUUCUGCGGAUGAAACUGCAAACUAUUUUCUUCAGUAAAUUUUUCUUCAAAUUGCAUCUCUGACUCCUGGUCUUCAUUCAACACACCUGGUCCUUGGGUUU